AUUUUAGAAGCCCGACUGUCUGUUCACGGAUAAAAUCCUCGCUGCUGGUAAAUGUUGUCUUGUGGCUUGUAACAAACUUGCGAAACAGGUGUUACCAAUCCUCUCUGUUCAUGCAAGGAUGCAGAGCUGUUGAAUGUUCGUGUCUACCGUCGUCGCCGUUCCGGCGAUGAAUCAUCACGGGUAAAAAACGCAGGGAUCAUGAUUUGGGAGUUUUUGGCGGAAUUCCUGACUUCUACGGAGCAGUCUUUUGAGAUGGUGAAACGUCUUCGUGUCAAUUGCUUAAUUAUGGGGUGAGCGUCUCCUGAGUCGCAAAGCUUGAGGCUUCUUCCGACCAAAAAGUGAAACGGACUUGUCGGAAAACCGGCCGCGGACAAGAUUGUUUCGUCGUGAUAUGGCUUUCGUGGAACAUUCAUUACCUCUGCAAACCAUCUGACAUAUCCUAAUGAUAAAAUAUCGACCAUAGACCUGGGCCGUAUGCUUUAAGCUGUCACAAAGCGGCGGUACAACGACCUGGCGUUGUACGAGACGUAUCUCAAACCCGGCGUUGAAGCAAAGUACCUGCGGUCCAGUUAAUCAUAUACUAAGCAUGCCUUUUCACUAUAGACAGCAUAGCAAUCGGAAUAUACGGGUCGUUCUCAGAGCAUGCUAGCGCCUUUUCAUUUCUGCAUUGCUGGCAUCUCUACGAUUUUUCCCCUUGGUAUUAUGCUAAUCGUUUCGCCUCGUAGUGUUUUUUUCCUAUGUCACAGCAAUCAUCUGCCUACAACACCUGUCAACGAGACAUUUUUCGACUAUUUCAUAAACCGUGUUAUGGGACCAUUCCUCCAGUUUCUGACGCUGAUGUCUUAACGGACUUGCGAAUGACUGGGCUCGCGGGAGAGCUCCAGGUCCACCUCCGUACUACAAGCAGCUGCCCUCAAUAACUUCAGCGGGUUUCUGGUCAGCAUUUUUUCGGGCUACUGCGAAGCAGACUCGUGAGAAAUUUCCAUUUGUCAUUCAGUCAUGACCGAAAUGGAGAGAGUACAGCCGAGCAGGAUUGAUCAACCGUUGACAACGUGGCGCACGGGCCACGACGUUCGUCCUGUUGACAGUUUCUUACAGGGGAGGGCCAGAGUCAUACAGCUACCGCUUUGUUGCCAAUCAUGCCAUUUUUCUCCUUUCCGUCCGGACUUGCUCGCAGUCGCGACGGCGGAGUUGUUUGGUAUUGCUGGUGCUGGGCGUCUCCACGUUUUUUCAAUUUCAAAUGGUACCUUCUUGCAUUCGCCAGAAGUCCAGGACAAGGCAGCCCCGUCGUGGCAGCGCUCUUUACCCCUGCCCGAAGGAGCUGUUGGAAACCCAUGGACUACGACACACUUCGAAAUAGCCUCUAUGGGUACAAGCGAUGCAAUAACUGACUGCGCGUGGUCCGAAAGCAACGAAUAUGUCAUUGCAGCAGCGUGUGGAGAUGGAGUGACGAGGUUGUGGGAUUUUCGUAGUCAGAAAGCAGACUUGACGCAGAUACGUGGCAACAACGCAGGAGCUUCUGACGUGGCUGCUCGUAGUGCGGUCGAACUCCGCGGGCACAGAGCUGAAGUAUGUGGCGUUGACUGGUCAACAUUAGAUCGUCAGCUUCUAUUGUCGUCUUCCUGGGAUGGCAAGGCUAUGAUGUGGGAUGUUCUACACCUUGCAUGUGUGUGCGUCCUGCCUCAUUCAGAGUGUGUGUACGCAGCGUCAUUCUCUCCCCGAAGAAGGAAUGUUGUCGCGUCCGUCAGUGCUGAUGGCCGUCUGCGUCUGUUCGACCUGAACUCGCCGCCUCCACCUAACACGGUGGCGGGUCCGAAUUUUUUGGGAAGGCACCACGGAACACUCGUGUGCGAUCAGGAAGCUCACGGGGGCUGCGAGGUCCUCUGUUUCGACUGGUCUAAGUACCACGAGAACGAGAUUUUCACUGGAGGCUCUAACGGCAGCGUCCGACUCUGGGAUUUGCGUGCCAUGGCAAAAGGGCCACUCAUGGAUAUGGCCGGGAUACACAAACUCGCUGUUCGUGACUUGAAAUGCAGUCCAUUUUCCGGUGACGUACUAGCAACUGCUUCGUACGACACCAACGUGAAAGUCACAUCCAUAGCACGGCGUCUGCAGACGGGGUUUCUAGAAAAAACUGAAACGCAGGGCAGCGUUGGCGCAAGUCUCUCAAAGGAAUCGUUUACCACUGCCCAACAGAAGGUCUUCAGCCACCAUGCCGAGUUCGUCAUGGGCAUUGACUGGUCACUCUUCCAGCCUCAUUUUAUUGCCUCAGCAUCGUGGGAUAGGCACACAUGCCUUUGGUCGCCACUGGGGGAUGAACUUCAGUACCCGCCAUUGAUUCGCCGAAACGCCAGGCAAUAAGCGGCGGUGACGCUACAUGAAUCCUUUCUACUAUAUAGAACCCGGUAACUGUGAGGUUGUUUCACCUCGUUUCCAAACAACACAUGAUAUCGUGCAGGGGCUGACGGAGAAGCUGUUUCUUCUGUCAGCGCGCCCCUAAUGUUUCCUCCACAGUUCCUGUCAGGUUCCUUUUUCGAGCAGGCCUGGAUCCGUAUCCGGUGAACGAACUCAGCAGCAAGGUAGACUUGCUUGGCUCGUCUACGAUGUUCCGUGUCACCCACGGCUGCGUUUCCCUAGCGAAGUUCGACAGUCCAUCGCACGUCUGGAUAUUCGCGUUUUCGUAGUUCCGUUCACUAACUCUACCGCUCUUACACUGAGACCUCUUGCUACAGUGUCACCUAUUGAACUAGGUUGAAACGAUGCUUUCACUCGGGGGGCCUAACCUAUACCGGUAGCGGCGCUGGGCACGCAACGCCUCUGUUGUCUAAGGACUGCAGCAAGUUAGAUCACUCAUUUUCCCACCCAAAUUACAUUUUCAGACCAGCGGGAGCUGCAAAACGGGCUCACCAUGUUUUUGCCACCGGAUGAUAGACCUG